GGCCCGGCCCGGUGCUGAAUCGGGAGCGGACGGGACCCGGAGCCUCGCGGGGGGCAGCGGGCGGGCAAGAUGUCCCAGGAGAGCCUGCAGGGUAUGGACGAGGGCGCGCUGAGAAAGCUGCUGGAGGCGACGCUGGACCUCGCCGAGCGGCGCCGCAUCCGCUCAGCCAUCCGGGAGCUGCAGCGGCAGGAGCUGGAGCGGGACGAGGAGGCGCUGGCCUCCAAACGCUUCCGCACCGAGCGUGGCAGCCACCGGCAGGACAACAAGGAGAACUGGCUGCGGUCCCAGCAGCUGGAGGAGGAGCAGCAGAAGGCCCUCGCUUCGCUGUCCCGGGAACUUGAGUCCAUCACCGAUGUGGAGGAGCUGACAAAGCUGCUGCGGGCAGCCAGUGAGUACGAGGAGCGCAAGCUGAUCCGCGCCGCCAUCCGCAAGCUGCGGGCUGAGGAGAUUGAAGCUGCAGCCCUGGCUGGGAACGUGCAGAGCAGCCGCAGGGAUGGCGCUGAGCCCGCAGCCGUGCCCGCACGUGCAGAACGCAGCAGGAGAGAUGAUGCUGAAACGGCAGCUCUGGUCAGGAACGGGGAGAGCUCCCAGAGGGCAGGCUCUGAGCUGCCGGCCGUGGUGAGUGUGGAGAGCAGCACUGAGCCCGUGGAGAGCAGCCGAAGGGGCGAUGCUGAACAGCCGGUGCUGACCAGGACGGAGGAGAGCAGCCACAGGGGGGAUGCAGACAGACUGACUGCUGAGGAGCCUGAACGCUCUGUGGCCCAUGAGCAGGAGGAGGAGCAGGAGUGCAGGCAAGCUGAACUGCAGGACCUGAAUAGCCAGCAACUGAGAGAACCCAAGAAACCCCCUGCCCAGGCCACAGCCUCAGGGACCCUGGUGCUCCUGGACCUGCACCCAGCCCUGGAGCCCACUGCAGCCCCACAGCCCGGAGAGCAAACAGCAGAGCUGGAGCUGCACACCAAGCGGGCAUCUGAGUGUGAGCUGCAGUACCAGGAGGAGGGAUCUGGCAGCCCCUGUCCUGUGCAGGAGCCCAACGUGGAGCCAGCAGAGGCCCCAUGCAGCACAGGGCAGAGCCGCCAGGCGGAGCAGGACGGCCCAACACAGCCCUGCGCUGUCACUCAGAGUGGCCAGUUUGUCAUCUGCGUGCGAGGCCAGGUGUCUGGGAAGGCUGCGAUGCCACAGGAGAAGCCAGCGGCACCCACCCAGAGCACGGCACGGACCCCAUCUCGCCUCAACGCUCAGCGCUGGGAGCAAACGCCGUCCUCGCCGUGCCCACAGGGCCACGCAGAGCCGAGCCCCGUGCAGCGCUCCUCCUCGGUGCGGGAACGCGCGCAGCGCUUCACCCCUUCGGGCGCGACCUCGGUGGGCACCGCGGGGCGGCAGCGGGCGGCGGCGGGCGGCCCCGAGGGGGCGGGCGGCGCUGCGGGGCGGGCCGGACCCGGCCAAUGGCAGCGGGGGCCUCGCACGGCCCCGCCGGGCCCCGAUCAAAACGCGAGGGGAGCCGGUAGCGGAGGAGCAGAGCAGCGCCCGCCGCCCGCCGGCCCCCGCCCCGCCGGUACCGGCCCCACCGCCGCCCACGACGGCAUGAAGACGUACUUCACCAUCGAGAUCAAGGAUGGGCGCGUGCAGCCCCACACGCAGUCCGUCACGCCCCGCAUCGUGGCCGCCCCCGGCAGCCAGCGGGCAGAGCUCACCCUGGGGCUGAGGAGCACUCCCAUCCGCAUCACCGCCAUCCCCAGCAGCACUGGCGGCAUCUGCAGCAUCACCACCAGCAGCAAUGUCGUCAAAGAUCCUUGCGCUCAUUUUGAGGGCACCGAGGAGUCCGGCAGCCCGGUGGCCCAUCCGCCCACUUUCUCCAGCACGCGCCAACAGUCGACCCUGCACCUCUCCCGGAGCGACAGUUUUCCGAUGGAACCGGAGCUGGUGGUGGAGCAGCCCCAGGCACCGAGGCUGCAGCCGGAGCUGCCCAAUGGCAUGGAGAAGGUCCAAGUGAGGGAAGUGGAGAAAAAGAGCAAGCUGAAUGUCGAGGAGCUUAACAAGAUCGAGGAUGAGAGUGUUCUGGAUAAGAUGCUGGAUCAGACCACGGACUUUGAGGAGCGACGGCUGAUCCGUAAUGCCAUGCGGGAGCUGCGCCAGCGCAAGCGAGACCAGCGGGAGAAGGAACGGGACCAGCGGCUGCAGGAGAUGAAGAGCCAGGCUACAGUGAGCAGGGCUGGCCACAACACUGAGACCACCACCACGCAGAGCACCCAGUCAGCCGAUGGCUCAGCCCGCAGCACUGUCACCAAAACUGAGCGCCUCAUCCAGUCCAAUGAUGGCAGCAAGACUUCCCGCACAACAACCAUGGAGUCGAGUUAUGUGAAGAGAUCAGACAAUGGCAGCAGCAGCACGUUUGUUCAAACCAAAUCAUCCUACAGCUCAUCUUCCAAGAAGACAGGCAGCAUCUUUGACCGGGAGGAUGAGAGUGCCUCAAGGCAGAGCAGCCUGGCUGCGCUGGAACGGCGCCAGGCUGAGAAAAAGAAGGAGCUGAUGAAAGCUCAAAGCCUGCCCAAAACAUCAACCUCACAGGCUCGCAAGGCCAUGAUUGAGAAGCUGCAGAAGGAGGGCGGGAGCUCUCCAAACCCUGCGGCACCGCGUGCAGCUGUGCAGCGCUCCUCCAGCUGUGGUGUCCCCAACGCCAACAGCAUCAAGCAGAUGUUGCUGGACUGGUGCAGGGCUAAGACCCGGGGCUACGAGCACGUGGACAUCCAGAACUUCUCGUCCAGCUGGAGCGAUGGCAUGGCGUUCUGUGCUUUGGUCCACAACUUCUUUCCAGAUGCUUUUGACUACAGCCAGCUCACACCCCAGAACCGCCGUCACAACUUCGAGGUGGCAUUCUCCUCUGCAGAGAUGCUGGCGGACUGCGUGCCCCUGGUGGAGGUGGAAGACAUGAUGAUCAUGGGGAAGAAGCCGGACGCCAAGUGCGUCUUCACCUACGUGCAGUCCCUCUACAACCACCUGCGUCGCCACGAGAUGCGCAUGCGGCAGAAAGAGUGCUAGAGCCUGCCCCGGCCUGCGGCUGCCCGACACCUCACUGCCCCCUCCCUGCAGGGACGCUGGUGUGCGGAGGAGCUGCCGCCCCAUGGAGAGGCUGGCAGCGGGGGUGGAGAGGCUGUGGGGCUGGCGCUGGACAAAGUUUGGGGCUCCUGGGUCACCCGUUGCUUCAGCCUUGCUGGAGCUCCUCGGUCAGCUUCUGCCCCGGCUGGCUGCCAGCUGAACGUACGGGCAGGGCAGAACGGUGCCAGGCGGGUGGUGCCUAGGAUGCCACUCUCCCUGCAGCCAGCUUGGCUCUCCUCCCCUCUGCCAUACUCUAGUGUGUUAAGUUAUUCAUUCUCAAGGAGUUCUUUUUAUGUGGGCAGGGUCCCUGCUUCCCCCGGGAGGCUGGGGCAGCACAGUACCCUCGGGCCCUGAGCCAGCGCAGGUCUGUGUCUGUGUGGCUCAGCCCAUGGACCCUGCAAGCCAGGGCCCAGGUGGGCGCUGCUGGUUUUGGUGCAGCCGGGAGGCAGAGCGCCCUGCUCCCCAGGCGGCCUGAGAACAGUUCUGGGCCACCUGCAAGGAAGCCUCUCUGCCCACCACAGUCCCUGCUUGGUGCCACCUCCCUGGGGACGGCCCUGUGCCAACACCCUGCUUCCCACCGCACACACGUGCCCAGGGCGCUUCCACGGCGGGGACCUGCAGCACCGCCGUGCUGGGGAGCUGGAGGGGAGCGGGGAGGGCCCCAGGGAGCGUGGGGCCAGGGCCAGGACCAGACAGCCCCCGCGCUCCUCCCCAGCUCUGGGCACCUCGUGCUCAGUGCCACUUGCCCCUUCAUCACAGUCUACACCUGCGUUGACACGUGUACCAACACCAGCCAGACAAUAAAAAUUUAUUCUAUAGGGUGA